GUUGGUUGGUUCCUCUGUUUCUUUUCUAUUUUGCAUUGGAAUUUCCUACAUAAUUUCUCAGAUGUUUCUUUGAUUCUCUCUUUUACCUACUCUUAAGAGUUUUCUUUUCUUUUCUUUGCAGUGAGAUUGUAUCCUCUGCUUCUUCACGAAGAUCAUGGCAAAGGAGAAAUCAGACUACUCUGAGAAGUUCGAGGGUAAUGCGGAAAACAAACACGCUAGGAACAAGUCUUCCACUGAUUCGUUAAUAAGUCUUGGCUUUGACGGAUCAUCAUCAUCUGUCUCUUUUUUCUCUCAGCGGAGUAGCAUUCUUGCUGAAAAAGAACGAAUGCACCAAGAAUUCAUUGAACAGGCUAUUGCCUUUACCCAACGCAUGGUUGUUCAACCAUACACUUCUCCUAGAGGUCAUAGCCAAGGGAACGAGUUUGCACCACGGUCCCAUGUCAGUACCCAAAACCAACAGAAUUCAUACAAGAACCAAAAUGUUAGCUAUCAUCCUCAUCAAAGUCACAGAGGCAGAGGCAGACAGAAUGAAGAACAUGUGAACCAGAAAUGGAAUCCUCAAGGAAACUUUAAUGAGCAAGGCGGAUUCCCACCUCCACCAAGAGGAGGUACACCAGCGUUUGUAAGGCCACCACCAUCAAUCUAUGCUCAGCAUAUUCCAGUUCAACAGCUUUUUUAUCCUAUACCGUUUCCUGACUUGCCACCACCGAUGAUGUAUUAUUCACAUCUUGUUCCCUUCAUCGACCCUAAUGCUGCUUUGUUUCCAUCUCAAAAUCCUGACGGCAUGCCGUCCAUCGAGCCUCCUCCUUUCUUGGUCCCAUCUCAAAAAGCUCCCCUGAAAACCAAGAUACUGAAUCAAGUUCAAGAAGUUACCCUUCAAACCAAGAUACUGAAUCAAGUUCAAUAUUAUUUUAGCGAGGAUAAUUUACCAAACGAUGUAUACCUUCGCAAGCGCAUGAAUGAUGAGGGCUUUGUUCAUAUAGAGUUUAUCGCUGGUUUCAAUAAGCUUAAAGCACUAACAAGUAAUGUCCAGCUUAUAUUGGAUUCUCUACGAGAUUCAUAUAUCGUUGAAGUGCAGGGCUAUGAAAUAAGAAACCGGCAUGUCUGGAGAAAAUACGUAAUGCCACACGACUGGCGGGUUACUUUUUAUCCGAGCCCAGAAUAUUUAGUGGCUAACAACCAUCAAAACAUGCAGCUCGAGCAGAACUAAGGAUAUGGGAUCAAGUUGAAGCAAUCAAAAAGCUUAUAAUAAUAACACCACAGUUGGUUGUUCAGAUUUAAGUUGAAGGAACUUUUGAUUUUGCAUAGAGAUGAUUGUUAGAUUUAUUUGAAGCUACAACAUUUGGCAUAUGAUGAAAAUUAACAUUUUGUCCGUACAGAAACAAAUAUUAAAAAACUGAGAAAACUAUGGUUGCAAGA